AGAGCUGCCAACUCCCUGGAGAAGCCGUGGCUGAAGGAAGACUUAUCUUUUCCCGGGAAAAAGCGAGUCAGCGGAUCGGACGGAGGGAGGACGGCGCAAAGGGGCUCUCUGUGUUGAAAACUCGGCCGAGAUGAAAUAACGGAUCGAAGGGAUGCCUCUGCGCGCGCGUGCACCCACGCGCACCCACUCACGCGGAGUUUUUCGCCUUCUCUCGGCGGAUCGGAGCGUUGCUGCGCUCUGAGAGGACGGAAGGCAGCCCAGGGCUGCGGUUCUAACUUGUCUUUCCCUCUCCUGCCCGCUCUUUUCUGCGUUUUGUAUGGUUGCGAUUGGGAAAUCGGGCGAGCAGAUCCAGUACGCGUCCCGUUCCUUCUCACGAACUAUUUUCGCCGAUUUGCCCCCUGAUUUACUUCCGAGCUGAGAGGAAUAGAAACCGCUCUCCUGAGAAGACUGAGAAACAACGGCCGCAAUACUUUAAUAAUAAUCUAAUAAUAAGUAGCCCUCCCGCAAUCUGAAAACGCCCUCCUCCUCCAGCUACCUUUCACUCGUGACACCCCCCCGCCCCUGGAUGCUGAAGACGGGUUGGGAAUUGGUAAGCGAUGCAAGUCCGAUAAAGCUGGAGUCUCCAACCGGGACUUGGAGGAGGAUCGCUAGGUAGUUCCUUAAAGAAGCGGGUCUGCAGGAUGAAUAAAAGAUACUUACAGAAAGCAACUAAAGGAAAACUGCUAAUAAUAAUAUUCGUUGUAACACUGUGGGGGAAAAUAGCAUCUGGGGCGAACCACCACAAAGCUCAUCAUGUUAAAACUGGAACUUGUGAAGUGGUGGCUCUCCACCGAUGUUGUAAUAAGAACAAAAUAGAAGAAAGAUCACAGACAGUCAAGUGCUCCUGCUUUCCCGGGCAGGUAGCAGGUACCACUCGAGCAGCUCCUUCUUGUGUUGAUGCCUCAAUUGUAGAACAAAAAUGGUGGUGCCAUAUGCAACCAUGUCUUGAAGGGGAGGAAUGCAAAGUCCUUCCAGAUCGAAAAGGAUGGAGCUGUUCUUCUGGGAAUAAAGUGAAAACAACAAGGGCAAACGUGUAAAACCAUUCAAGAACAAGGAGAUUUCUGCAGUGCCUGAUGACAAUUUUUGAUUAUUCCACACACACAAAAUAAUCUGGCUCCACGUUUGGAGCAAUAGUUGUGAUGAAUCCUAAUCUUGGUCGGAUUCUCAGGAAGGGUCAGAAGGUGCAUUGAGGAGGACAGAGUCAAAACUACUCCUGAAAGAUGCUCCAGCCUUGGUUUGUUAUCAAAGAACAGCAGGUAACUCGAUAGCAAAAAAUAAAUCACAUCAAACUCAAGACUGAUAACAUCCAAUACAGAGAAUUUGGAAGUUCUAUUAGCUAAAUAUGAUCUUUGAGAUUUGGGUUGAAAUUGCUGGGACAACUUGUUCAGUGAGGAUAUACGCUAUAAUCAACAGCUACUGGAGAUCAAUAGUGCAAGAAAGUCAGACACACAAACUGUCUAAUAUAAAGAUUUCAAUGGGAAGAACUGUACAUUUGUAAAAACAGGAAAAAAGAACACACACUUUUUGGCAAAGGAAGUGAAAAAGAUGCUAAAAGGAUGCUGAAGAAGUAGUAGUCUUUUUGAUCCUUGGCUUGGACUCAAAAUAUUUAACCUCUACAAAGUAACUCUUUGAAAUGUACUGAUAUAGCUUAUUUGAAACAUUUCCAGUCCUCUGUUCAAAUACUAGUGGAACUGUGCAUUGGUUUAAUCAAAUUAUUGUUCCAGAAAUUGACCUCGGAUACAGCACCGCCUUAGACACUUUAAUUUGAAUUCUAAUCUUGAAGCUCCAAGGCUAUAUAUUUCAACACGUUGAAGUUGCUUUUCUUAUAGGAAUGGAAAUGUAAUAUCCAUUGUUAAUCAUUAUUGUUGACACGUAGUAGUUAUCUGAAUACUUCAUUCUUAUACUAAUAUAUCAUAAGUCAGAUAUUGUUUCCUAACCAGCUACUGCAGUUCCUUUCAAAUAAAUAAAAGAUUGGUCAAAAAUGAAAAUUUUAUUCCACACCCUUCCCAAUAUUUUAUGUUGUUAAAAUAUCUGUUUUAUAUAAUUUUAAAGUUUAUAAUUAAACUUUAAUUUGUGAAUUUAUUAACAUUAA